AUGUCGCCGAGUUUGAGGACACUUUCCCACCAAGAGCGGUUCUACUUGGACACCAUGGCCAAUUUGAAGCAUUUUGUGGAUAAUUUUACGGCUGAGCGCGAUAGAGGACAGCUCGAAGGAUGGAAGCAACGAGCGGAGGCUUUGUACAGUGACUUUCAGGCCAAUCGAUUAAAAAUUGAGCUGUACGGCGAUGAAAGCGAUAGGCUCGAAACGGAUGAAGAAGGCAUGAGAGUUACGGAAGAAGCCAAUCGCGUCAUUCGACAGGGGUUCGAAAACGAUUUUGUACGGGUCCACAGUUUUCUCACUAGAGAACUUCGCAAAUUUUCCGCAGGAACGCAAGCAAUUGUCCCUUCUACCUCUAGAGGCAGUGUAAAUGUUCCCGAUAACGCCUUCUCUCGUAUUAAGCUCCCAGAAGUUAAACUCCCAACAUUCUCUGGGUGCGUUUCGGAAUGGAUCACGUUCCGAGAUACUUUCAAAUCUCUCAUAGACUCGAAUCCCCAGCUAUCGCCUAUCGACAAGUUAUCGUACCUUGUCGCUUCCCUUUCCAAAGACGCCAAAAGGGUUAUCGAAUCCGUCGAGCACACUGCUGCCAAUUAUUCUGUCGCUUGGACCUUGUUGGAAAGGCGAUUCGACAACAAGAAGUUAGUCGUGAAAACCUACAUUGAUUCCCUAUUCGCGAUCGAGCCUAUGAAGAGAGAGUGCUACGAGUCUCUUAUGCACCUGGUUGAUGAUUUCGAGCGAAACCUGUGCAUGAUAGACAAGAUGGGUAUUCCAACGAAGGGAUGGAGUGUGUUGCUUGCACACAUGGUCUGUAGCCGACUAGAUCCGUCCACACUUAAGCAGUGGGAAGCUCACCACCGAUCAACAGAGGUUCCCAAAUACGAAGAUCUAAUCCAGUUUCUUCGUACUCAUCUUACGGUGCUGCAAUCGCUGCCGCCGUCGAAGUCUCGCUCGUUCGAACCCGCUAAACCGGAAUCUUUCCGGUCACACAAAUCCAAAAUAAAUACAGUCCACACCGUUACUACAGUUAGUCCGUCAGCUGGUGCGUGCCCGUUCUGUUCGAAACCGUCCCACUCUCCCUUCAAGUGCGAGGUGUUCCAGAAGUUGUCAGUCGCCCAACGUUUCGAGCAGGUCAAGAAGAAAAACCUCUGCAUCAACUGUUUCUCCUCCUCCCACCUUCUUAGAAAUUGCUCUUCCAGUGCAUGCAGAGUAUGUAGCCAGAAGCACCACACCAUGCUCCACCAACAAUCGCAAGAUCGUUCGUCCACCCCGACAAAACCACCCACUUCCGCUGUCAGUUCGCAAUCGUCGUCGUCACCCUUGGGCAACCAAACAUGCCCAUCGAACCAACCCUCACACUCUCGAACUCCGCCGUCAGCGGAAGCACAAUCGCCGUCAGCCAACGCCUCUACUCUCGUCUCCACCAAUCUCGUCGGAAGUUCCCGUACUGUUCCUGCCACUGUGUUGCUGCAGACUGCUGUCAUCAAGAUCUUCGACAAUCACGGACACCAUCAUUGGGCCCGAGCGCUCUUGGACUCCGCUUCGCAACUCAGCCUGGUUACUGAAAAUCUUGUCCAGAAACUCCAGUUACCUCGCCACUCCGAUCGCCAAGAAAUCGGAGGUGUGGGUAAUUCUAUCGUCGUUUCAUACCACGCUGUCCUCGUUCGGAUGGGUUCUCGCUGCUCGGAUUUCGUCGCUGAUGCUCGGUGUCACGUCUUGAAGAAGAUAACCAGAGAGCUGCCGGUCAGAUGCAUCGACACUUCGCCAUGGAACAUCCCCUCGAAUCUCACCUUAGCUGACCCUCAGUUCCAUGAACCCGGACCCAUCGAUCUCCUCAUAGGAAUGGAGAUGUACUACGACCUGCUGCUUGAAGGUUUCAUCAAACUGGGACCUGAAAGGCCGAUCCUGCAGAACACCGUCUUUGGUUGGGUAGCAUCCGGGAAGGUCGGUUCCAACCAAGCAUCCGAAGGUACUCCAAAGCUCGCUCAUGUCACCAGUGCAGAAUCUCUCAACGAACAGCUUUCUCGGUUUUGGGAAAUCGAAUCCUGCUGGACCAACAGCACUCAUUCGGUGGAGGAAUCCAAGUGUGAAGAGCACUUCGCCGCCACUGUCUUUCGCGACCAAUCGGGUCGCUUUGUAGUCACCCUUCCCAAGCGCCCACUGGUUCUCAACCAGUUAGGAAACUCGAAAGAGAUUGCUGCUCGAAGAUUCCUCGCUCUCGAACGUCGGCUGCUAGUCAAUCCCAAGUUGAUGUCCUCGUACUCAGCCUUCAUCGAUGAAUACCACCAGCUUAACCACAUGCGGGAAGUGUGCGACGAUGCAGCUUUGGCGAACUGUACGUCGUACUAUCUACCGCACCACGGGGUUGAAAAGGCUGACAGUACCACCACGAAAUUGCGGGUAGUAUUCGAUGCUUCCUGCCCCACAGAUAGCGGAAUCUCCUUGAACCAAGCGCUGAUGGUUGGCCCAGUCAUCCAAGACGACCUGCUGGCAAUCAUUUUGCGCUUUCGGAUGCACCGAUUUGUCAUUAUUGCGGACAUCGAAAAAAUGUUCCGCCAGAUCCGUGUAAACCCUGCAGACUACCCUUUGCAGCGAAUCCUGUGGCGUGAUUCACCCUCGCAACCUCUACGCACCUUCGAACUCACAACAGUGACGUAUGGCACCGCAUCCGCCCCCUAUUUGGCAACGAAGUGCCUUCAGCAAUUGUCCAAGGAUGGUUCCGACGAAUUUCCUCUCGCCUCGUUGAUCCUAGCCAAGGAUUUCUACAUGGACGACAUGCUGACCGGUGUUGACGACGAGGACGAAGGUGAAGAAACCUGUCAGCAGCUUCUGCAGUUGCUGAAUUCUGCCGGUAUGAGCUUGCGGAAAUGGACGUCGAAUUCGCCAGCGAUUCUCUCAAAAAUACCAUCAGAACUUCGCGAUGAACGAACCACACUUUCGCUGGAAUCUCCUUCUGCUCCGAUCAAGACGCUAGGGUUGCAAUGGCAGCCAAUGGAUGACGAAUUCCGUUAUUCCGUUCCCACGUGGUCUCAGGAUGAACCAAUAUCUCGACGAAUCGUUCUAUCGGACACGGCGCGACUCUACGACCCUCUUGGAUUGAUCGGGCCGGUCGUGGUGCUCGCCAAACUCUUCGUUCAAACACUCUGGCGCUCCUCCAAGAACUGGGACGACCCGUUAGACGAAUCCGAGCAACAGCAUUGGUUGGAGUUUCGUAACAGUCUAGACGGAUUAGCUACAAUCAGCAUUCCAAGAUGGGCGGCGCCUGCCUCCGUUCUCGUAUCGAUUGAAGUGCACGGGUUCUGCGACGCCUCUGAGAAGGCAUACGGAGCCUGCCUCUAUUUGAGAACCGUUUCGACUGACGGUUCGAUCGCCGUUCGCCUGCUAGCCGCCAAAUCCAAGGUGGCACCCCUCGGCGACUCGAAGAAGCAGAAGCGCAUCUGUUUGCCUAGGUUGGAACUCUCGUCGGCACUUCUGCUAAGUCACCUCUAUCACAAGGUCCAAAGCAGUACAGCGCUGAACGCCAAAUCGAUCUUUUGGACAGACUCGAUGAUCACCUUGCACUGGCUGCGUUCGACACCUUCGCGUUGGAAAACUUUCAUUGCGAAUCGAGUGUCUGAAGUGCAGCAUCUCACCACCAGCGGCAUUUGGGCGCAUGUUCCUGGCAUCGAAAAUCCUGCGGAUAUAAUUUCCCGCGGCAUGUAUCCUGCACAGCUGCAAGAAACCGCAUCGUGGUGGAAUGGCCCGCCAUGGUUAAGCCAACCGUCAAGGUUCUGGCCGCCCUUAACUCCGCAACCCUCCGUCGACAUUCCGCCUGAACUCCUAGAAGAAAGAGCAGUAUCGCUUCCGGUGCAGGUGCACCCUCCAAACGAAAUCUUCUCCAUCCGAUCGUCAUUUCCAGCGCUCGUUCGUAUCGUCGCUCUUCUUCGUCGCUUCUACCAUAACAGCAAGCCUUGCAAUCGCUCUAACCGGCGGACCGGAUUCCUCCAGACGUCGGAGCUCGCGGAAGCCACCGACAACCUAGUUCGACUAGCGCAACACGAAACCUUUGCCAAGGACCUCGCAGCUGUAGCCAAACACGGUCAGGUUGAUACGAACUCUGAUCUACGUACUCUCGCCCCAAUUCUCGUCGACGGCAUCCUCCGACUUCGUGGCCGGCUCAGGAAUGCGGCCAUCUCCGAAUGCCGAAAGCAUCCCAUCAUUCUGCCCGCUCGACAUCCUCUAACAACGUCUAUCGUAUCGUACUACCACCUCAAGAAUCUACACGCCGGACCUCAGCUACUUGCGUCAUGCGUCCGGGAGAAGUUUUGGCCACUUCGUCUGCGAGAUCUAGCCAGAAGUGUAGUCCACUCCUGCGUAAAUUGCUUUCGAUGCCGCCCUCGCAAUCUCGAGCAGCUCAUGGGAGAUUUGCCGCCAGAGAGAGUUACUCCGACAUUGCCCUUCAUCGAUACCGGAGUAGACCUCUGUGGACCGUUCCAGUACCGUAAAACCAGGAAGGCACCUCCCAUAAAGUGUUUCGUAGCCGUCUUCGUGUGCCUUGUAACCAAGGCAGUUCAUGUAGAGCUAGUCUACGACCUCUCCACUGCGGCGUUCAUAGCUGCGUUGCAUCGGUUUAUUGCUCGAAGAGGAAAGCCGAGCCUCAUAGAGUGCGACAAUGCCACAAACUUCAGAGGAGCAGCGCGGGAGUUGAAGGAACUGGCCAAGCAGUUUCGCUCUCAGCAACACCAAGGUGAAGUAGUCGACCGCUGCGCAGAUGAAGGUAUCAUCUUCAAGUUUAUUCCACCACGCAGCCCAAACUUUGGCGGGUUGUGGGAGGCGGCUGUGAAGUCCUUCAAACAGCACUUUCGUCGGACCGUUGGGAACUCCGUCCUCUCUCAGGACGAAUUCGUCACUCUGCUGACCCGCAUCGAAGCGUGUCUGAAUUCGCGGCCUUUGACGCCGCUAUCGACCGAUCCGAACGACUUGGAAGUGCUAACACCAGGCCACUUCCUCGUUCACCGUCCGCUUACUUGCUUCCCCGAACCCGACCUCUCUGAGGUACCCCGAACUCGACUUGAUCGCUACCAAGAGAACCAAGAGCUCCUCCGGCGAAUCUGGAAGCGGUGGUCAACCGACUACCUCUCUGGCCUCCAUCCGCGCACUAGGUGGACUCGCGUGCGGGACAACGUCGCUGAAGGAACGAUGGUUCUCCUGAAAGAAGACGACCUUCCGCCCCUGAAGUGGAAGUACGGAAGGAUCUCCAACAUUUUUCGUGGGGACGAUGGCAACAUCCGGGUCGUAGACGUCCGGACAGCCGAUGGAGAAUAUCGACGUGGAAUCGCCAAGAUCUGCGUGCUUCCCAUUCGUCAACCCACAACCGAACCAGCUGGCACAGCUGGGACCUACCCUGACGAAUCACCGAUCGCAGUGCACUAG